UCGAAAUUAAUUUGUCAAUCAAGACGUGGUUGUUUUCCACUUUGGCUUUUUCUUUUUAAAUAUAUUUAAUUAUAAAGAAUAGAAAUGGCUAUUAAUUCUCCUCCUGUUUUUAUAGAUUUGUCAUUAGAUGAACAGGUUCAAGAGUUAAGGAAAUAUUUUAAAAGUUUAGGUGCCGAAAUAACGUCUGAGAAGUCACCAAAAGGUAUUGAAGAUGAUUUACACAAAAUCAUUGGGGUUUGUGAUGUUUGUUUUAAGGAUGGGGAUCCGACAGAAAUCGACAAUAUAUUAAAUAGUAUUGUCUCAAUUAUGAUAACUAUCUCAUUAGAUCGUGGGGAAAAUAUCGUGUUGGCUUUUUGCGAAAAAUUGACAAAGGCACCAGAUGUACCAUUAGCUAGGGUGUGCCUUCACUCAUUGUGGCGUCUUUUCAAUAAUCUUGAUACAACUUCACCAUUGCGAUAUCAUGUAUAUUACCACUUAGUACAAGUAGCAAAACAAUGUAAUCAGGUUAAUGAAGUAUUUAAUAGUGUUGAAAAACUAAAAGCUCAGUUUGCUUUAUGUUCUGUAUCAAGCGAACAAAUGCAAAAAUUGUACCGUUUAUUACAUGAGGUUUUACGUGAUACAAAUAGUGAGUUAUCAGCUAAGGUAAUGAUUGAACUCUUAGGAACAUAUACAGCCGAAAAUGCAUCUGUUGCAAGGGAAGAUGCCAUGAAAUGUAUUGUAACUGCUCUUGCAGAUCCAAAUACGUUUUUAUUGGAUCCUUUGUUAUCAUUAAAACCAGUUCGUUUUUUGGAAGGUGAAUUAAUUCAUGAUCUACUUUCUGUUUUCGUGUCAGAAAAAUUACCAGCUUAUCUUAAAUUUUAUAAUGAUCAUAAAGAAUUUGUAACUUCUCAAGGAUUAAAUCACGAGCAAAAUAUUCGAAAGAUGCGUUUAUUAACGUUCAUGCAGUUAGCUGAAUCUAACCCUGAAAUGACAUUUGAGCAAUUAACUAAAGAGUUGCAAAUUUCUGAAGCGGAUGUGGAACCGUUUAUUAUUGAAAUUCUUAAGACGAAAUUAGUUAGAUGCCGUUUGGAUCAAGCAAAUCGCAAAGUUCAUAUUUCAAGUACAAUGCACAGAACAUUUGGAAAACAACAAUGGGUUCAAUUAAGAGAUUUGUUACAAGCAUGGAAGGAAAAUUUGAGUACGGUCGAAGAAGGCUUAAAAACUGUGACAACUGCCCAAAUUGAUUUGCCAAGAAAACAAAAAGUAACCCAUUAAAUUAUUUUCUAUAAAAAAAAUAAGAAUUGUAACUGAAAACAAAUUUUCUUAUAAUACAAUAAUUCCACAAUUUAAAAAACUUUAAAAACUUUGUUUAUUAAUUGAAAAGAACAAAUUUAAAUACAUAAUUUGAUUUUAUACUGUAUGUAAGAUUAUAUAACUUUUUUAAAAUAUAUUUGCUUAAUUAUACGCAGAUAUAAUGGCAACUAAGCCAGCAACAAAUAUUUUGUUUAUUUUUGCAUUUUA